CUCCUCUUUGCUCAUUCCCAGAAGAAAAAAAUUAAACACAAAUCAAGAACUAUUUUCUCUUCAAAAAUGGUGUCAAAAUCUCUCAAGAAAACACCAACUAAGUCUAUUAAAGACCGCCGCCGCCGCCAAAAGAAGAAAUCUCCGGCGAAAAUAAGCUGUUCCGGUGGCGGUUCUUCCUCCAAUGCCAUCUUUGCUUCCAUCAACAAAACUAUCUACACUUGCAAGCGCCGCCUCGCGAAGAUUUUCUCCAAGUUGGCGAAAAUUGGUACGCCGAAUUCGCGUUAUAAAGGCUACAAAAUCUUGAAAAAAGGGCUGUUUAAAGAUCGUAAAAUGAAAGAAGAUGAAAUUAGUACUCAAGAACAUAGUAUUUGUAAGGCUUUGUUCGUUAAUGAGAAGUUACCGCCUUUAAUUUCCGCGAAAAGAACCGUGUUUCUUGAUCUUGACGAGACUUUAGUUCAUUCCAAGGCGGACCCUCCUCCGCAUUUCUUUGAUUUCGUUGUAAAGCCGAAUAUUGAAGGCGAAAUAAUGAACUUCUACGUGUUGAAGCGGCCCGGAGUUGAGGAGUUCUUGGAAGCAUUGGCGGUUAAGUACGAGGUGGUGGUGUUUACUGCCGGAUUAAAGGCGUAUGCGUCGCUUGUUCUUGAUAAGAUUGAUAAGAAGGGAGUGAUUUCGCAUCGGUUAUAUAGAGAUUCGUGUAGAGAAGUUGAUGGGAAGUAUGUUAAGGAUUUGUCUGAGAUGGGGAGGGAUUUGAAGAAAGUUGUGAUUGUUGAUGACAAUCCGAAUUGCUAUAGUUUGCAGCCUGCAAAUGCUAUUCCGAUUAAGGCGUUUAUCGAUGAUCUUAGAGACGGAGAGUUGGGGAAGUUGACUCAGUUUUUUAAUGGGUGUGAUGGUUGUGAGGAUAUGAGGGUAGCAGUUAAGAAAUUUGUUGGUGAAGGGGUUAAUAAGAAGGUGAAUGUAUGACAAUGGUAGAUUGUUUGCUUUAAGUUUUUCAUCUUUUGUAUUUUCUUUAGGCUUUUCACUUAAUUAUUGUGUUGAACAUAAAAUUUGUUCACUCUCAAAUGAAUUGAGAAACUUGAAUUAUGAUAACAAUAGCCUUUAAUUUA